AUGAAGUCCAUCGUCCUCUGCCUGGUUGCGCUCCUUGCCUUCUGGGGUGAGCAGGCUCCUGUGUCUGGUCAGAUGCCUCUAGGUGAGUGUUUCCUUGGACUCCCUUGUCCCAAUCUCCAUCUUUCUAAGCCCCCAUGGGAAACACUUUCUAAGGCAUCCUCCCUCUGAAUUGGCUGCAAUUCCUAUGAGCCUCUGCAUCUUCUGGCUGUGCUGGCUUGGGGCUCCUGUAUGAAACCCUGUAUGGGUAGCUGAAAGAGUCCUCAUUGCCAGGAAACCACCGUCUCCUGUUCCAUAGCUUCCCCUUCCCUAUAGAUCCUGCUGUCAGGGGCAAGAGGGAUCAGACUGGAGGUGGGUGAAAUGAUCUUAUGGGCGAUGAUCUUAUGUUUUCAGAAUUUAAAAAAGAACUUUAUGUUCACAAGAGCAGGCCUUUUCUGCAAUGGCUCCCUGUUUGUGGAAUGCUCUCCCCAGGGAGAUUUGCCUGGUACCUUCAUUAUAAACCACUAGGCACCAGGCAAAAACAUUCCUCACUAACCAGGCCUUUAGUUGAUUGUCCUCCCAAUGUCCUUUUUAAAAUGCUUUGGGGGUGGUUUAUUGGGUUGGCAUUUAUUGGGGGGUUGUUUGAUUGUGUAUUUUGUGUUUUUAUAUUGUGAAUUUAUCCUGUGAACUGCCCUGAGACUUGAGGUAUAGGGUGGUUUGCAAAGAAGAAGAAGAAGAAGAAUUGCUAUUUUUCUAGAAAAAGAGGUGUCAGAACUCACCAUGAACACCUCCCUCAUUCUCUAAGAAUGGCAAUGGCACCUACCUGAGAGGAACUCACUGAGUUCUGGCUGAAAAGAAGCCCUGAUAACAAUAAUUCACCCAAACCAUUUCAGAAUAGUGCUAUUGGUCAGACAUAGAUAUUAUGAGUCACUUUGUAGCUGUGCUGCUUUUACAUAUUGUUACAAUGUGUUUAUUCAUUUCCCACCCUUUGUACAUUGCUUGGGUUUUUCAAACUGCAUUAAAGUUGUGGUGUCCUGUUUAGCCAUCACUCCUGUGUUGGACCAGAUGACUGUCUGCAUCCCUUCCAACUCUACCCUCUGAUAAUUCUGUGAUCAGAAGCUAAUAGUUUCCACCUGGUCUUUCCCGCUCUCCCCCUUUGGGAUGGGGCUGAAGCUCAGUGGGCAGAAUACCUCCCCUGAAGUCUACUGCCAGCCAGUGCCGACAACAUUGGGCAAGGUGUAGCAGUGAUCUGACACUUCCUCUAUUUAAGAGCCCCGCUGUCUAUGAUGUGUUCACAGAAACCUUCUUGUUGCUUGACUCACUCCUCCUCCUGCUCUGCUUUUAUUUUACUGCUGUUUUCCCGCUGCCUCUCUCCUAACGGUGAAGCUAGCAUGAGCCUUCGUAGGAUAAUAGAAACACAGAAUGGGAGAGUUGGGAGAGACCACGAGGGCCCCUUGCAAUGCCGGAAUAUUUUGCCCAACGUGGGGCUCAAACCAAUGACCCUGAAGUCAAGAGUCUCACGCUCUUCCACCUGAGCUACUUGCCUCUGCCAGGUCAGAUAACAUCUUCUGUUCCUCCCUCUCCUGGGAGGAGCCAUCGCUCACUCCCUGCUCUUGGCUGAAGGAGUCCUGGCAGGCAGGCCUCGGAUCUGGCCCUGGGGCUUUCCUCCAUGCGUGACACGUCAGUUUGGAUGUGCAUGCUAGAGAGAGGUGUCCCCACCAACCACAGGCUGACUCAACACUCAGUCUCCCUCCUGUGACACACGUGGUGGGAAGCUGAGAAAAGGAGGGAAGACCCCACAUGGUGUGACCAUGCCCCUGUGGCAAGCUGGGCUCCCUUUCUGCUUCCUGGGACAGGGGGACACCUACGUAGAUUGGCAGGAUUUAUUGAUUCGGCUACCUGGCUUUAAUUGUCCCUUUUUAUUGAUGCUGCUGCAUUUUCACCUAUUUCUUUGUAUCUGAAUUUGUACUGCUUGUUUGUUAAAUAAAACAUUUCACAGUGGUUUACAGCAAUAUAAAGACAUAAAACCAGGCAAUAAAAUAAUUAUCCUCUGAAAAAACAAUCUCUCAAAGGACCUGUUGAUGGCAUUUUACCAUGCUACUGUGGAGGGUGCAUUAACUUAUGGUCUGUGUGUGUGGUUUGGGAGCUGCACGGUCAGGGAAAAAACCAAAGCUGUCCAGGGUUGUUAAGACUGCGGAGAGAAUAAUUGGGUGCACUCUUCCCACCUUGGAUCAAAUCUACGCUUCCAGGUGCCAUAAGAAAGCGGCAGAGAAAGCACAGGAUAGUGCGCACCCCGGAAAUGAUCCCUUUCAGCUUCUGCCUUCUGGAAGAAGGUACAGGGUUAUAAAGACUAGGACUAGCCACCUGAGAAACAGUUUCUACACAAAUGCAAUUCUGGUUUUAAACGCAGUGUAAGGUAGGCUCUGUGGGAGUAUAUUGUAUUUAAUUAUGGGGUAUCAGAGUUUCUAGGGGGUUAACCAGGCUGGGAUAGCUGGGAUAGCAAGCUUGUUGGUUUUUGAAUGUCUGUUGUAGAUUUUUUCAAUUUUGUUGUUCUGUAUGUGACAAUGACAAUAAAGAUUAUCAUAUCGUAUCAUAAAAAUUAAAAAUUAAAAAGAAAAAACAAAUUAGAAACAAACACCAGCAGACCAUUGUGGGGGAAAAUAUUCUCAAUUUCCUGUACAGGCCUGGAAGAAUAGAAAAAUUUUCAGCAGGUGUUUAGAUGUUGGCACAGAAGGCUCCUGCUGAGUCUUCAGUGGCAGGGAGUUCCACAGGAUUGGGCCAAUGACAACUUGGUUGUUGUCAAAGAAGCCCCAGCAACCCAAGGAAUGAUCAAAGGUGCUCCUGCAGAUGAUCUCAGUGAUCGAGCUGGAAUAUCAGGGUUCAGGUGAUCCCUGAGGGAUCCUGGACCCAAGUUGUUCAGGGCUUUGCCAGUAAUACAAGGAGCUUGAACCUGGUUCCACAGCAGAUGGCACCUUCAUGGCUCAGUUUCCAGAGCUGGUUGAAGAAGCAACUCUUUUACCUGGCUUUUUGACACUUGAGAUGUGUGUUUUUAGGACCCACCUUGUUUUUAUGAUUGCAAGUUGUUUUAGACUGUUUAUAAGACUGUGCUUUAAUUUUUCAACCUGUAAUUAAUCAAGAGGUCAUUAACAAACAAUAACUAUAAUUAUACCUCUUCUGUGAUGGCAAAGUCCGGCUCCUCUGAGAUCGAAUAAAUUACGUUAGAGGUGCAAGGGUGGAAAGGUUAGCUCUGUGCAAAGAACUGGAGAGAGCAAGUUUGAGGGUGUGUAGGAUCCUCGGCGUGUCAUUUCUUAGCUGUCCUCCUCACUCAGGCACCUCUGUGGAAAGGCUGCCCACAACCUUUCAGCCGUUGGGACCGUUUGUUACAAAACCUGGUCGGGGAGGAAAGGAUUUCCUCUCUGUCCUGCUCACCACUUUCACCAUCCUCCUGAGCUUGCUGUGAUUCUGCAAUCCUGGGCAAUAUAAGGGAGCAGACCAGGUUGGGCAGUGGACUCUCCCCUUAGCCUGACCCACCAUGAAGUCUGGUGCGCUUGUGAUCCUUGUGGGGCUCCUCACCCUCUGGGAUGAGAUGACACCCGCCUCUGCUCAGAGGCUUCCAGGUAAGGGAUCCUGUCUCCUCUCUCCUUACAGGCGCAUGUGUCAAAAGCAUUUCUCUGGGAAUUGUUGAGAGAAGUGCAGUCAGGAAAAUUCCUCCAGGAAGCCGGGGAAGCUCAGGGGAACAGCACUUGAGUUGCAUGCAGAAGGUGUGGGGUUUCAUUCCCCACUGGGAAUGCUGAAAUCCAGUGAGAAAGGGGCAUUCUGCCACUCUGCUGUGCCACUGGACACCUCCCACCAGCCAAGGUGCCACUGGAUUCCCCCUCUUGCCAAGGUGUUCCUUAUAUAAUUUGCUCCCCUUCCCAGCAAUGAGACUUUGCCAGGGCUUCUAUGAAUAAAUGGGUUGAGUGUGUGUGUGUGUGUGUGUGUGUGUGCGUGUGUGUGUGCGCGCGCGCCAGACUGGGUCUUUGACCCGGGUGACAGAAAGCCUAGCUUUGGCCCUUUCUUGUGGAGUGUUCCUUCAGCCUCCUCUCCUCUCCCCCCUCAUUGGGAGUCCUCCAGACAGCCGCUGCCACUGCCCCAGUCUCUAAGCUGCCCCUCCUGCCCCAAAGAGAGGUGCCUCCCUCCCCACACUGCCCCACAACAGCCUGGGAAGAGCAUAUACCCAGCCUUAGUGGCCCAACGGAGACUGGUCGAAGGUGAAUGUGAGUCCAGCACCUUACCUUGGCAGGCAGCAGCAACAGCAGCAGUGGGCACUCAUCUCCCAGGCAGGUCUUAACCACAGCAAGCACAAGAAAGACCAAAGCAGUGACGGCCAGCUGGCCGGCCGGCCUGCCGCUUGUCUGUCCAUUCCCAACAGCAAGGGCUGGUGGACUGCCUGGCUGGGCUCCCUCACCCACCUGCUUACUCUGAGGCCGCCUCAGUUCCUGGCAACCCGCAUCCCCCAGCCAGCCCCAGAUGCACCUUUUGCCUGUGGAGCUUAUAGCCAGGGCUGCUGCAAUAAACAGCUGUGCAAGCCUUUGGGAGGCAGAGACACAAGAGGGAGGAAGGAAAGAGAGACAGAGGCCAGUGUUGCCCAUUAUUCAAGGCACCCCAGGGUGCCACAGCACACUGGUUGAAAACCACUGCCCUAAGCCAAUGAUUCAGCUCUCCUGUUCAGAUUUUCAGGGAAUCAGAAUCUCCUUAUUUUUGUGGAUGUAACUUGCUUCAAACUGCUUUUAAUGUUUUGUUUUAAGGUUGUAAUGUUUCCUGGGACCUUAGGUUGAAGAGCAGGUAACUAAUGAAAAGGAAUUCCCAAUCCACAUUAAGAUGAGGCGAGGAUGUCCAUUAAUACAUUGCCUCUGAAAUGCCAGCCCUUUUCUGACACCCCCUCCCCGCUGUGGCCAAGAGGAGCACCCCUUGGGAGCAGCAGACUGGCGGGGUGCCGAUUGGGUGCCCCCCUGCUGGGCUUCUGAGGCAGGGCAGGAGGAACACUUGCCUUUGCAGCCCAGACCCACUUUCAGGUAAGCUGCAGGAGAGACUUAAGGACACACCUUGUACCUAGAAGCAAGCCCCGCCCAUCUCCCAGGAAAUGAUGAAGAUAUGAACAGGAUGCUGGCAUAGAGAAGACAAUAGCUUGAUCCUGCAAGCUGUUCUUACAUUCUUUCUUUAAGCGGCAGAAGCUUUCGAUUUUCACAGUGGAGAGGAGUUGAAAUGCCUUCAUUUCCAGCACUGAUGAAGGGCUUGGUAAUCCAUCUCUCUCUCUCUCUCUCUCUCUCUCUCUCUCUCUCUCUCUCUCUCUCUCUACCUCUGUCUCUCUUUCCCCAUCACAGUGAAGCCUGGCACCUGUCCUACUCUGAUCCAAAACAAUGACACCCAGUGCGGCCAGUUCUGCUCCUGGGACAACAGCUGCCCAGGGAGCGAGCGCUGCUGCCAGACCGGCUGUGGGCAUCAGUGCAUGCGCCCACUUGAGGGUAAGCAGAGGGGCAGCAGCCCCUCUUUUUUGGGGGGAGAAAUGAAGUCAGGAACCUCCCAUCUGCCUCACCUUCUGACCCAGAUGUGCUCUCAGCCACCCAUCCAUACACACAAGGGGGUUGGUGCAUAUCCUGCCUGGAUCCAUGUAGGCUUUAACACUGUAGUUCAUAGUCAGGCAAGAGGCAUUGCAGUGCAGAAUCCCACCCGCCAUGGUGUGGUUUGCCCAGACAUGGCAGCUGACCUCCACCUGGCGCAUGGUGUGGCUCGCCCAGACAUGGCAGCUGACCUCCACCUGGCGCACUGCCAGCAGGGUCCAACCAACAGGUGGGAGGCAGGCUGUGCACAGCCUCAGUCCAGAGACUCACCUGCUCUCAGGUGUGCAAGCAGGUCAGAUCAGGGGGACCCCAUUCAUUCCAGGCAAAGAGGAACUGGCUCCUUUCCCUGCAUGUAUUAAUGUGGGGUUUUUUUAAAAAAAUGAAAACAGACCUAUUCAUUUAUUAAAUGUCUAUACAGCCCUUCAUCCGAAGAUCACAGUGCGGUUCAGAAGGACUGACAAAGAACCAAAAACAUGCAUAAAUUCAAAGCUGAACUACCCCAGUUGUGUAAGAUUGAAGUAAACACUCAAUUCCAUGAUUUGCAAAUUAAAUAAUUAGUUCAUCUUCUUACUUAAUUUGUGCAGCCAGAUAGCUGUCGGUCCUAGACAAGAUUUCAGCUGAAGAAAAUAUGCCUAAUGUCAGAAAAUGUUGGGAAUGCACUCAGUGUUGGCUUGCGGCCCCAUACAUGCUUCUGAAUACCAGUCAUGGCAAACACAGGAGGGGAGUAAGUGUUCUUCAUCUGCCUGGCCACUGUGAGAACAGGAUGCUGGACCAGGUGGGCCACUGGCCUGAUCCAGCAGAUGCUCUUCUUAGGUUCUCCUUUCAUCCCCAGUCUACCCUGGAUACUGCCCCAGGCUGAGCCCCCAGCCAGGCCAGGCUGCGAACUGCUCUGCGACUUGCAACAAUGACCAGGACUGUGUCUCACUCUACUUGCCACGCAAGAAGUGCUGCCGCAAUGGGUGCGGGAAGACUUGCCAGCCGGCUGAAGAAGGUAUCUCUUGGAUGCGGGAGAUAUGGGGACCUGAUGGGGAGGGCAGUUGUGUGUACAUGUGCGUGGUUGGCAGAGGAUUCUGCCAAGGAAGAGGUGCUGGGGCUCACUCAAAGAGUCUCCUCUCCCUCAUGCCAAGCGGUGUGGUGGUGGCAGCUGCCAGUGGUAGGAUCAUAGGAGGGGAAAUGAACUCUGCAUAUGCUCAGGAGUUUAUUUCCUCUUGAUGAUAUCUUCACACGUUCCAGAGUGAGUCCUGGCAUUCAGAACACAAUUCCAUCUCACUACUGACUGCUGUCCCCUUCUCUCCAUCUCCUUUUUCCAGAGCACCCUGGCGUGUGUCCCAAAAGGGAACUGGUGAAUACCUUUGCCCCCUGCAAUGACACCUGCAGAGACGACCGAGACUGCCCCCUCACCCAGAAGUGCUGCUUCACUAUGUGCAGCCGGGGCUGCGUGGACUCAGGUACUGACAAAGGCCUUCCGCUUUUGCCCCCUCCCCACCUUUCUUCCCUGGGCACCUAAGUGCCCUGGAGACUGAGAACAUCUCCUCAUGGACCUCCAUCCGUUCUGCCUCCAACAGUUCGCAGUGACAGGUGCCAGUUGCCGCCCAAAACUGGACGAUGUUUAGCAGCCUUCCGCCGUUACUACUACAACCCAUCGCAGAAGAAGUGCGUCCUGUUCACCUAUGGUGGCUGUGAGGGUAACAGCAACAACUUUGAGACAAAAGAGGCAUGUGAGGCAGCCUGCGGGAAAAUCAGCCCAGGUACCAAGUUUGGGACCCACCAGAAAUUCAUAUUCAUGGCUUCAUUGAUUGUGUUUAUAUAUCCCCUUGUCCUCCAAGGAGCUGAACUUCCCCUUCUUCAUUUAACCCCAACAAUAACCCCGUGAGGUAGGCUAAGCUCAAGGAAGCCACUGGCCCAAGGUGAGCUUCAUGGCUGAGUGAACCCGCAUCUCUCUCAGGUCCUAGUUCAACACUCUGACCCCCAGGCAGGGCAGUAGAGCCCCUCUGGGAAGGCGGGCAACCCCAUCCAACUAGCUGGCCAGAAGGGGUCCAGAGUUCUGGGAGGAUUGGGUACACUGCUCUGUUCUGGACUUUAUUUCAUAUAAUUGAGGGGAUGGAGCGGUUGGGAUUUCUUAGCUGUGCUCUGCCUUCAUGGAUAGAGGCUGGAUAUGGGUGUUGGAAGCCACAGGAAGGGAGAGGGCUGCUCUUGGGCUCCCCCAAAGCAUCUGGCUGGCCCUGUGAAAACAGGAUGCUGGACCAGAUGGGCCAUUGGCAUGAUCCAGAACCUUAUGUUCUUCUUAAUAUUAUUACUUUGUGCCAUAAUCUUUGUAGGGACAUUUGUGAUUGGGGCAAUUUGAAAUUUCAAGAUAAGAGAUGGUAUCUGAAAUAGGAUGCUAAAACUAUAGAUUCAAAAUCCAACGGUGGGGAGCCUUGUAAGAAUCAAGGUGGCCUUAGAAAUUCUGACACCCCAAUUUCAAAGUCCUUCUCUAGGAGGUGGAAAUGACAGUUUGGCAGCUGCGGUGUAUUUGACGUGUUGCCAUCAGGAGUCAUUAAAAGAGACUCUCCUUGCAAACCCCCAGACGACACUCCUUGCAAAUCCCCAGAAUAAGGAGAAGUCGUGUAUUAGCUCCUUGUUUGGUGAUAAGCAACCUUUGCCAUAGGGUGACUCCUAGUCUGUGACUCCUAGUCUGUGCCCAAAAUCAUAUGUUUUUGCAGCUCUUGGGAGGAGGGGUUGGGGUUGGAGCAUUUGGCAAAGGGUUGAGAGGCGAGAGGGCUGCAAAGAUUUGAGCCAGCAGCCACAAGGAGGUCCCCAAAUUCAGUCCCUGAGCUGGACUGGCCCAAAGAGCCCAGGUGCAAUUCCUCUCUGCCUGGAAGGAGAAGGGUCUGUGAUUCCUUCCCUCUGGUGGGGGGGGGCCUCUUAUGGAGGAAUGCAUGCAGGGAACAUACAUAAAGUUGGAAUUAAAAACUCUUGACACCUUCCUGCCCUAAGAAAACCUCUCUGCUUCCUCUUUCUCCACCUUCUGUGGCCUCAGAGGUCUGCAAGCUGCCAAAGAACCCUGGCCCAUGUCUGGGUUAUUCACAAUUUUACUACUACAACUCAGCCACCAGGAAGUGCGAGAUAUUCGUCUAUGGGCUCUGCGGGGGGAAUGGCAAUCGGUUUCGCACCAUGCUAGAGUGCAUGAUGGUCUGUGGGCAAACAAGUAAGAUUCUUGUCUCAAUCUGUGUCUGCGCUUCUCUGUCUCUCUAUCUAUCUCUGUCUCUAAAUAUUUAUAAGUGUGCAUGUGGAGGGCAGGGGGCAGACUGUGGAGGUCCACAGGGUUCUCUCUUGGCUGCCCUGCUGGCCUCAUCCUGCCCUACCCAUGGGUGAGUUUACCAAUGGCUUCAAGUAACAAGAAAGGAGGUUCUGACUUCUGGCAGUGAGAGCUUUUCAACAGUGAAAUGGUCUCCCUUGGGAGGUGGUGAAAUCUCCUUCUUUAGAGGUUUAUAAGCAGGGUUUGGCUGGCUGUCCAUCAGGAAUGUGAUUCCUGCAUUGCUGGGGUUGGGCUAGAGGACACUUGUGGGUCCCUUUCAUCUCUACAAUUGUAUGAUUCUGUCGGAGCUGCUGCCUGCCCUAAGGGCAAGGUGUUCAAUGACUUGGCUGCCUCCCUUUGCCCCUGUGACUCUUUCUCUUUUCCACCCACAGGAAACUCCAUUACGGAGGACUGAGUCCCUCAGUGUGAUCACCUUGUCUGAGAAGACCCCAGCCCCAGAGCAGACAUCAGUGUGUUGCCUUGCCCCCCUCCUUCCAUCUCUGGGGAGGCUGCUGUGGGAUCAUCUAUCCCCAAAUAAAACCUGAGCUUUCUG